GCGCCGGCCUGCGUCCGCGCCGCUCGCGGGAUAGGAAUAUAGGAAGGAGUAGGACUCUAGUCCACGGGAACAGACGGGAAUGACGGGAACGGCAAGGAAUGGCGGCUAACGGCUAGUGUAUCUCGCGAUACAUUUACAACGCGCAUUGUGUGUCUCUCUCUCUCUCUCUCUUUUUCUCUCUCGCGAGUUCUGGGUGUCGAGCGACGUUCACGUUAAUGUUCACGUCAAGCACGUCAACUAUGUGACUGUCCGGCUGAGAAGGCCGGAAGAGAGAGGUAUUCUCCCGCUGUCGCGUACGUUCACGGUUCACGCGCGUCCAGGUGAGGGAACGCACACUUGGCCCCUAUCGCGGUUUCGUUCUUUUCCUCCCUCGAGCUUGUGGCUUGUGUGGCUGAUUAAAAACAUCCCUGAAGAUAUAUCCGUUGGCCUCCGAGCCUGUGCAGCGACGCUGUCGCUAAAUUGGCACGUACGAGUCUCCGCAGCGUCGUGAUUGCUCCGGCCAGCGUUGGUUACGAUAACUGUUGGCGAUCACGUAACGGCAAAAAUGUCAGCUGAAUACAGUCGAAACGUUUUAAAAAUAGUCGUUGCACAGAUUUGUCAGACGAUAGGAUGGCACUCCAUUAAUUCUACACCAUUGGAGUUUCUGGUAGAUCUCCUGCAAGAAUAUCUGUUACGUAUUUCCAAGCUCACACAUCAAUAUGCGGAAGUUUUGGGAAGGACGGAACCAAAUCUUGACGACUUAGGAUUAACAUUUCAAUAUAUGAAUAUUGACAUACAAGAAUUAGCCGAAUACGUGAAAAAUGUAGAUUCUGUUCCAUGUCCUAUACAAGUACCUAAGUAUCCAGUUCGACGUGAGAAUCAUUUGAAUUUUUUAAAACCGGGUAGUCGUGAAGUAGUCACGAGACCAGUACACGUACACGAACAUUUACCAGCUAUGUACCCAGAUACCGAAGAGGAAUACAUAUCAGAUAAGAAUGAAAGUUUAAUGAAUGGCACGGCAGACUUGACAUCCAGUAGUGGGACAUCGUCGGGCAAUUCGAAUAAUGCAUCACCUCACAGAAUGUCGCCACAGGUGGUUUUUAAACGACCGGGCGAUCCGGUGUCUUUUGAAAGCCCCGUAGUGAAGCGGGCGAAGGUUUUGGAGGAGGGCAGACCGUUACGUGAAAUAAGCAGCGUUAUGAUGACCACCUCUGGUUUUUUAUCACCCGCGCGAGAAGGAAAGCUACCUGAAUCGAGAACGCCGCAUCAAGUCCGAUCGGAUUCACCGCAACCGAGUUCCUAUCCGAUGGUGCCACCUGAACUGAAGACCGACAAGAAACCGAAGAAGGUUGUGAAGAAAGGUCCCGAGGAUCGUAAGCUUGACAAAGAGAAUAAGAAGAAGAAAGGCGCGAAGGAAUUGUUCAAGCCGGACAAGAUCGAUGAGAGUAAAGUAAAGAAAUUAGUCGGCAUGAAGGAGUUGGCCAAGUUAAAACCUUUAAAGCCAGGUGGUGGCAAGGCACAAUCUACCACGUUACAAGAACUCACGGGUAGCAGGCCAUCCACGCCGAAGAUCGCGUCACCUAAAUCAGCCGCCAGUAGUCCGAAACCGUCGAAGGCGACGCAGCCGAAGGUCAAGCCCGACAAGGUAGAUCUGACGGACGGUCCUCCUGCCGUCGAAAAGAAGGAGGAAACCGUUGACAAGUUGCCGUCGGAGCCGGAUAAACAAAAACUGAAUAUAUUCAAGAAGAUAUCGAAACCGCGCGAGGAAAAGGACAAGGACAAAGAGACGACGGAGCCACAUAAGCACAAGGAGAUUCUUGAGUCGCGCGAAAAGUCGCCGGAUUUGAUCAUAGAUAUCGAGAAUGCGGAGAAGCAUGCGCACCGUAACGACGCGGACCCGAAAGCAGGACGCGAGGAGAAGAAGACACCUCAUACACCGGACGUGCACAUACAGUCGGACAGUGAUUUGGCAGACGUGCAGAGUUUAUCGUCAGAUGUUUACAUGUUCGACGACGCUGACAUUUCACCGCCGGGUACGCCCAGCACGCCGAAAACCCCCGAAUUGAGUGUACCCACGGUACCGGAACAGAAGCGAAAGAAGAAAGAGAAGAGUGGCAAAAAGAAAGAACCUAAAUUGAAGAGUCCGAAACAAAGUAGUCCGAAAAAGACGAAACCUUCAUGUGAUACGACAGAAUCGGAUAUACUAGAUCGGCCCAAAACGCCGCAGGCACCCGAACCACUACACAGAGAGCCUAUUCUUCCAAUCACACUUCCAUUCCCUUCCCUCCCCUUUUUCCCUCCGUUUCCUUCGGCGCCUGGUUUAAUUCCCCCGAUGUUCCCGCGGUUUCCGUUGCCGCUUGGCCCACGAGGUGGGCCAGGUCCUCAUCCCGCGAUGCCCAAUUUACCAUUACCACCACGUUUUUCCAACCCACCCGUAAAGCCCGAGGACUUCCCGUUGCCUAAAAUUAAACCCGUGGAACGUGAGAAGCCACUGAUCCCUCCACCGGCCGAGUUAACAUCUCCGUCGAUUCUAGGCGAGAAUGAGAAGGCGGACAAAGAGAAGGUGGAUAACAAACUUACGAAAAUGUUUAAGCCAAACAAAGAAUUGCCUUUCAUGAAAGUACCUGAGAGGGUACUGCCUGUAGGCGCUGCACCGCCUAUAGUGUCUGCACCUGUCGCACCAAUCACGCUUCCCACACCAACAGUACCCGUCGCGCAAAUGCCACCAUCGAAAAACUCUAAAGCUGAAAAAACAGAGAAGAAUGAUAUGAAGUCUAAGGAACAUAAGAAAGAAAAGAAGGAUAAGUUGAAGAAGAAGAAAGAUAAGAAAGAGAAACACAAAGAUAAAGGCGAGAAAAUGAAGGAGAAGAAGGAAAAGGCUGAGAAACGCGAGAAAUUAGAAAAGAUCAAGGAAAAGAAGGAGAAAAAAGAAAAGAAAAAGGAGAAAGAUCAAAAUAAGAAGAAUACGAAGGAAGAAAAGAAUCCAGAAGCUGUUCCAAAAAUUACGUUAAAAUUAGGUACAGCUUCUCCUAGACCAGCGACACCAGAUAAUGCGCCUAUGAAGAAAAUAACUAUUAAACCACUUGUGAAAAAGCCCGAUGAAGAGGUCAAGCGGGAACCUAGUCCGGAAUUGGCGAAAAUAUCGGCAUUGGUAACACGACCGCCAAAGCAAAAGUCAGCAAGUAAGAAAACAGAGGAGGGAAUAUUAGAUGGAAGCCCUGCUCUUCCUACAGACUCUUUCUCUGCCACUCUUACUAGCGCGCCACUUGCAUCAGUUCCUCGAGCAAAGAAAUCUAACUUCCAAAAUCUAUCUCAAAAGGUGAAAGCAGAUCCAGUUCCUAAAAAGGACGAUGCUAAAGAAGACAAAGAAAAUGGCAGGAACGUGUUGCCUACAACACCAGCCACUACUGUGGAUCGAGGAGGUCGUCAAGUGUGGAUAUGUCCCGCGUGCGGCAACCAGGAUGAUGGCUCGCCGAUGAUUGGCUGUGACGAUUGUGACGCUUGGUAUCACUGGGUGUGCGUCGGUAUGCAGGUUCCACCAGCUGAAGACGAGGAUUGGUACUGCCGCUUUUGUAUAGCGAAGAAACAGGAGCUGCUCCACGAUAAAAAGAAGAAGAAGCGGAAAAAGAAAGUGAAAGUAACGGCCUAGUAUAAGUCAACCGGGUCCAACUACGCGAGACCCGG